AUGCAUUGGAAUCGCAUACUCUUUUGGGGCUGUGCGCUUUUGCUGCAACAAUUAGCAGAUGCCUUUGAUGAGGGAGUGCUAAGGAAAUGUAAUGAGUCUGGUGUAUGCCACCGGAACAGGCAUUACGGAGAGAAAAUCGCUUCUAGCGGGGCCGUAUACUACACUGUUGAUUGGGAUUCUUUGGAGCUGUUCACCUCAGGGCACACUGUCCAAGGUAAAAUCACUAAGCGGCUUCCGAGAGGCAAGGAUAAGGGAAGCAUUGCGCUGCCAUUCACCUUAGAUGUACUUGAGAAUUCUUUAGUGCGUCUUAGAAUUGAUGAAGACAGAGAUGUUACCGGGCUUCCAGAGAUCUUGUCUCCCAGAAGGUACAAUGGCACUAGCGAUUGGAUGUUUGAAGACGGUGUGGUACUGCGCGCAUCGGCUUGCAAUCAGAGCACAGCCAUCGUUGGCGACGGAAAAAAGAUGGUCAUCGAGAACUCGGAUGACGAAGUCAAGGUUGAGUUAUUCCAGAACCCCUUUAAGCUCGACGUUUAUCACCACGACAAGUUGCUGGUGACGAUCAACGACCGUUCUUUCUUGAACUUAGAGCACUGGCGCUUGCCCAGGACGAACUACCAGAACUCUCUCCCAGAGGAGAGCGAUUAUGACUCUUUUUACGACAACUUCCACGGUGCCGGCAAUGACACUCUGCCAUUUGGUCCUGAGUCUGUUGCUCUAGACGUGACGCUACAUGGUUUCAAGAAUGUUUAUGGUAUCCCGGAACAUGCCGAUAGCUUAAAACUACGUGAUACUUCAGGCGGUGAGCCAUACAGGCUGUUUAACGCGGACUGUUUUGAGUAUCCGGUGAAAUCCACUUCACCAAUGUAUGGGUCUAUUCCUUUAAUGGUUUCUCAUGCACCACAUUCAUCGGUGGGGCUGUUUUGGGUUAACUCAGCGGACACGUGGAUCGAUGUGAACUACUCAGAGAACAAUGUGAAGACCCAUUGGAUGUCCGAAGCUGGCGUACUCGACAUAAUUAUAUUAUUGCAAGAAAGCCCUGCCAAGGUGACUGAGUCUUACACAAACAUAACAGGUAAACCUGCGUUUCCUCCUAUUUCGGCUCUCGGGUACCACCAAUGCAGAUGGAAUUAUAACGAUGAACAGGACCUAAUGACUGUAAACAAUGAAAUGGAUAAGGCGGAGAUGCCACUUGACUUCCUUUGGUUGGACAUUGAGUACACAGAUGAAAAGAAGUACUUUACAUGGAAGAAAGAUGCGUUCCCAGAUCCCCUAGGAUUAUUCCAAAAGUUAGCGAACAUUACGAGAAACUUAGUCACCAUCAUUGAUCCUCACUUAAAAUUGAAUUACAACCUUACCGAUAUAAUGGUGGCAAAUGAUGGUGCCAUCAAGAAUAGCACCGGACAGCCCUUUAUUGGAGAAUGCUGGCCUGGUACAUCGAUAUGGAUUGACACGUUCAGUCCUGUUGCCAAGAAUCUUUGGGCUUCUUUCUACCACAAUUUUGUUGAGGGCGCUAAGAAUUUAUUUAUCUGGAAUGAUAUGAAUGAGAUGGCAGUAUUCGACGGUAUCGAGAGUACAGCACCGAGGGAUGCGAUCGUUCACGGUGGCUUUGAACAUCGAGCCGUCCAUAACUUGUAUGGUAUGACUGUUCAUCAGGCUAGCUACCAGGGUUUACGCGAACGUUAUGCAGAGGACAAUAAAAGACCGUUCUUAUUAACUAGAUCCUACAGCGCCGGUUCGCAGAGAACGGCUGCUGGUUGGUCAGGUGACGCAGUCGGUACUUGGGAUUACUUGAAGAUUACCAUACCAAUUAUUCUAGCCAAUAACAUUGUUGGUAUGCCGUUUUUUGGUGGCGAUGUGCCUGGCUUCACGGGUGAUCCAGAUCCAGUUCUAACAGUACGUUGGUAUCAGGCUGGUAUGUGGUUCCCGUUAUUCAGAGGGCAUGGCCACAAGGACACUAAAAGGAGAGAACCUUAUUUGUUGGAAGAGCCAUACAAAUCUAUCGUGCGGGAUGUGUUGAGAGCAAGAUAUGCUCUUCUUCCAACCCUUUACACAGCAUUCCACGAGUCGAAUGCCACUGGUGUGCCAAUAAUAAAUCCAAUGUUUUACGAAAAACCAGAUUUGGAGGAAGCUUUUGACAUUGAUGACCAAUUCUAUUUGGGUAGAUCCGGCCUUCUAGUUAAGCCUGUCGUCAAUAAUAGCACAACCACCACCGUAUUCUUCCCUCCAGGCAGAUACUACGAUUAUUUUACGUUGGAAACUUUUGCUAUUACAGAUGCUAAGCGCUUAACCAUAGACACUCCGCUAUCCAAGAUACCUGCGUAUUUAGAGAGUGGCAAGCUGAUUGUUACAAGAGAUCGUUACAGACGCACUACAAAGUUAAUGGAGAGAGAUCCAUAUACGCUGGUUGUUGCCCCAGACGAUGAGAACAAAGCAUAUGGUGUCCAGUACAUUGACGACGGUGCAACAUUUGCAUACCAGGACGGUAGAUAUGUGAAGGUCGAAUAUUCCUACUUUGAGUCAGGCAUGUCCGCAAAAAUCUUGAAAACUACCGACGAGUUAAAAGACUUAAUGAUUGAAAAGAUAGUUAUCGCCAAACACCCAUCGUUCAAGCUUCCAGGUAUCUGUGUUUUUAAACAGGAACAAGCUACAUGGACUGCGAGAAUAACUGAAGAUGAAAAUAAAUACACUAUUCACAACUCCGGUGUCAAGGUUGGCGUUGAAUGGUCUAUUAAGUUUUAA